AUGAACAUGGCUGAAAAUUGUGGCCUAUUCGGGAGAAUCGCAUUGGGUGUGCAGGUCGUCCUGGCCACCGUGCCUUGUGUUGUUCCUGGAAUGGUUGCUCGAGCCCUUUUUGAAAGCUGCACAUCUUCUCAUGGUGCUGCUUUUCCACAAUGGUGUGGCACCCACUUGGACGAUGCUCAAGCUGCCAACAGGGCAUACCCAAUGCUGGUGGUCAAGGAAUUCCCCACGGGAGUCAAGGGGGUGAUGGUGGCAUCUUUUCUGGCAGCCAUGAUGUCCUCGCUGUCUGCUGUAUUCAACUCUGCUGCAACAGUGUUUACCUAUGAUGUGUAUGAGAGAUUUGCUUAUGGUCCUGAAGGGAACGGCCCGCCAAGGAUCCUUGUGAAUGUGGGCCGCAUCACGACCGUGGCCCUCACGUUCCUCACGUUCAUGUGGCUCCCCGUCAUCCAGGCGAGCCAACAGAGCCUGUACAUAGUGGCCCAGAACGCGAUGACACAUGUGGCCCCACCCGUGACAGCCAUCUUCCUGGCAGCGCUUCUGUGGAGGCGAGCCAACGGUGAAGGUGCCCUGGCAGCCCUUGCGGCGGGCUCCAUCACGGGUGGCAUCCGGUUGGUUGUGACCAUGAUGUCCCAGGACUACUGCAGCAGUUUCGUGGACCCUGUGACACGUGUGAUUACCCUCAAUGGUCAGAACUGGUUCCGGUGCCUGAAUUUCAACUACUUCUCCAUGGCCCUCUUCGUAUUCUCCCUAACAAUUCUGGUGGCGGUCAGCCUGUGUUACCCUCCGCCCCACGAACACAAGCUUGCCGGGCGAAUGUUUCAUUCAGAGCUCCUUUCAAAUGCCCUGAGGAUAAUACUGAGGAGGAAGGCGCCGGCCAGCGGUGGGAGUGUUAAUAUGCCACACACACACUACUCCAGGUUUGUGAGCACGGACAAUGAUCCGCUGCCAUCGACACCAAGGCUGCCGCCGCCGACAGAGAGCUCCGCUGAAUUCACCGAAGUGAUGGCAGCCACAAAUCACGGCAGGGUCUCCGAAGAUCCGACCCCUGCCAGUGAAACAAGGAGGUUGCAGGAAGACGAUUGGGGCGAUAUGGGUACCGAGGAUGAAGACAAGGACCCCGUGCUGGGUGCGUGCUCGUGCCGGUGCCACUGGUUCGGUGCUCACCAGGGGAAGCUGGCCAACGUGUUCGCCGCGGCGCUCGUCAUCGUCGUCAGCACCCUGAUCGGGGUCAUGCGCUGA